GGGUUAAAACUUAAAAUUGAGGACUCUUUAAUUUUGCUAAUAAAAAAAUGAUCAUUAAUUCACCUUGAGUAAGAUGGCAUUUGCAGAAGGUAUGGAUUCAAACAUAUCAUCUCCAACAAAUUCCAAGUCCUUGAAAAAUGCUCUUCAGUUCAUACCAAGUUUUGUACCAAACAGUGAUGGAGCUAUUGAUGUACAUGUUUGUGAAGCCGGUCUAAUAUUUUACCUUCGUCAAGAUAUUCCCGAUCUUAUUUCUGAAAACAUUGAAAGUAACAUAGCUGAGGCAUUGCAACCUUCGUGCGGGCCAGCAAUUGUCGACCAAGUAGAGGCCAAGUUAGGUCUGAAACAUGAAAAGCUACGUGCUUCAAGGCAUGCCUUGGCUGGGUACUGUAACAUGUUUGGUGCAUGUGUGCUGUUCAUUUUGGAUGAGAUGAGAAAGAAGUCAGCUAAAGAAGGGCUUAGGACAACAGGUGAAGGGUUGGACUGGGGCGUGCUCUUGUGCUUCGGACCUGACCUCACAGUGGAGACGGUAGUCCUCCAUAGCGUGGCUACUUAAUUAAAAGAUUGUUAUGCAUAUCAAACUUGAUUUUCCCUUUACCUUCGAGCAUGAUUGUGCUUGGUCUAAACAAUAAAGAGUGAUAAUAACGUGUUUGUUUGUGCUCUUUACUAGUGAUGGUUUAAGUAUGAAACUUUAAUUAAAAGUAACUAGUUUA